AUGGGACCUUCAGACAAGGCGAUAUGCCCAAAAACCUACAUCAACAGCAGCAGCAGAAGAAGUUCCAGCCAACGCUGCGAGCCGAAGGCCGUGACGUCACCUCAAACUCUGCAGCAGCGCCAGUGCGUUGACGCAGUUCAGCAUCAGCCGCCUCCUCCACCACCUCUUAGUGUUUCUCCACACCAUGUCCGCCAUCUUACGCGCGCGAUGCCGCCUCUUCCGCCAUCACCACCGCUCCCAACGCCACCGUCACACCCAGUAUCACCACCAAAGCUUCCAGCGCACUUCCAGGAACUCCAUCAGCCACAGCCACCACCGUCGCAGCCUCCUCGCUCUCGCCAGCAGCGUCCUCCAGACGUGCCAGAAACUUCAUGGAAAGCUGAAGAACUGGCAGCAAAUCGAACUUUAGUCUCUGCUGCAGCCACCGACUUGCAGAGGAAACAUAAGUGUGAAAACUGCGGCAAGUUCUUUGGCACCAAGACGGCUCUCAAGAUGCACUCUCGCACGCACACGGGAGAGAAGCCGUACCAGUGCGCCGAGUGCGGGAAGUCGUUCAGCCAGCUGCGCAACUACAAGUACCACGUGUCGGUGCACGCGGGCACGCGGGAGUUCGCCGCCGCCUGCCCCGAGUGCGGCAAGGUGUUCAACAACCGCGGCUACCUCAGCACGCACAUGAAGAUCCACCGCAACCGCAAGGAGUACGCCUGCGCCGACUGCGGCCGGCGAUUCAACCAGCGGGUUGCCUACACGACGCACGUGCGCAUACACACGGGCGAGCGGCCAUACGUCUGCACGGUCUGCGACAAGACCUUCACGCGCUCGAUACUACUCAAGCAGCACAUGCGUACGCACACCGGCGAGAAGCCCUUCACCUGUGAGGUGUGUGGAAAGCAGUUCGCGGACCGCAGCAACACGAUGCUCCACCUGCGGCUGCACUCCGGCGUCAGGCCGUACAGCUGCGGCGAGUGCGGCAAGGCGUUCACCAAGAAGCACCACCUCAAGGCGCACAUGUCGUGCCACACGGGGCUGCGGCCGCACGCCUGCGACCGCUGCGGCGCGCGCUUCAGCCAGGCCAGCAACAUGCGCACGCACCGCGGCAGGUGCACCGCGCUGGGGCCUUUCCUCGGCGGCGGAGGCGACGGGGGUGGAGGGCGUGGCGAGCCCGCGGUCAGAGCGGCGGUCACCAGCGUCAUCAUGCGCGUGUCCGGCGAGCUGGUGCAGCACGUGCUGCAGCGCUCUGACGAUGAAGCCGCCGGCAGCGGCCGAAACGUCACGCUCGCUGGCGACUCCGCUUCGUCUCUCGGGGCUCCGUGA